UUCUGACUGAAAUGGGAUGAUCUUCAGUGUUUGAGCAUGCUGCUCCUGUGUGUCCUCUGACCUUGUCACCCCCGUAGCCUGGACAGCGUCUCCUGUGUGGACGGUGUCUGCGUCCGACCUGUGGAUCCAUCAGAAAAGGGAAGCAUGGACGUGGACCUAGAGAGGAUUAUCCAGUGCAUCAAGCAGGGGAAUGAGAAUGGUGUUCAGAUACAGCUACAGGAGUUCAACAAAGAGUUUGCUCAGUGCUUCUUCUUUGAUGCUGAGGAGAGGGACCGAAGGAAACAAAGAAAACUAGAAGAGUUCAAGAAGAAUAAAGUGAGGGACUACACUGAUUCUGACUCCGACUGUGACGAGUACGACCAGGAGGAUCGAGGCCUCAUCCUCAGACAGAAUUUAGCUGCUGUCCUUUUGAGGUUCAUAAGAACAGGAGUUAAAUCUCGUCUGUUGAGGGUAUGUCUACGCACCCUGAGAAUACUCUCUAGAGACAAAAAGGUCCUGGGCCCCUUGGUGACCGACAGCGCUCUCCUGACUGUGGCCAAACUCGCUGGACUGACGACAUGUGACGCAAGCGACGAAGCCAGCGACCCUGACUCUGAUUUCUACGAUAACAUCAUCGUUUCUCUCGCUGAGGCCAAAGUGUUGCAGUCUCACACCGAUGAGGGCGAAGGCGAUGUUGAAGCCAACGAGCAAUACGAAGAGUGCUCCGCCUUUGAUGACGACGCCAAGAGUGACAUCAGCAACGCCAACAGCGGAGAUCUGGACAGCAUCAGCUGUCUCGGGAGCCACAGGACCAGCAUCAAUGAAAUGCACAGAGGCAGCAUCCAUCACAAAGUGCUGGAGCGAGGGAGGAAGGACCGCAGAGAGAGCAAAAUGGAAGGGGAGGAAGUGGAGGAGGAGGGGGAGUCAGGGGAGGAGUUGCAGAGAAAAGAGGCCAUGAAGGUGUUAUGUAAUGUGGUGUACAACAGCACCUGGGCACAGGAGAGGUUCAGUGGUCUCAGGCUCAUGUGUGGUCUCAUAGAGCGUCUAUCCUCCAGUAUUAGUAGCUCGUCUCCCUCCAGUGUUCAGUUCUAUGAACUACGCCUCUUGUUCCUCAUUACUGCACUACGGCCAGAGCUCAGGACACAGCUUCAACAGGAGGGAGGUGUGUCCAUCCUCACUGCAGCUCUGGAGGGCUGCCUGGAUGUUCAUUGGAAGGACCAGUAUGAGUGUGUGCUGGACCCAGCAGCACCACCCAUCUCACUGGAAGCCUCUCAGUGUGUCAUAGAGAUUCUAAAAAUCCUCUUCAACAUCACCUACAGCACCCACAGGCAGGAGCCAAGUGAGGAUGAUGCAGCUCUCUACCGACACCUGGUGGCGCUCCUGCGUGUCUGCCUGAUGAGGAAGUGUAUGCUUUCGGACGACACAGAUGAACUGCAGGGUCACACAAUCAACCUGUUGUCAGCGCUGCCUCUCCAGUGUCUCGAUGUGCUGCUGAUGGUGCCUCUGCAGCCAGGCUCGCAGCAGUGCCAGGGAGUCAACAUGGACUGUGUCCACGCGCUGGUGCAGUUCAUGGAGAGACGCCUAGAGUCGGGUGAUAAGAUCAAAGAGAGGCUGACACCAAUCCUCAAUCUGCUGACAGAGAGCUGCAGGGCCCACAGAGAAACACGCCAUUACAUCAGGAAACACAUCCUGCCUCCUCUGAGAGAUGUAUCACACAGGCCAGAGGAAGGCUCCACAGUGAAGAGUCGUCUGAUCCGUCUCAUGACUCAUCUGGAUACAGAUGUCAAACACUGCGCCGCUGACCUGAUCUUCGUCCUCUGCAAAGAAAAUGUGAGUCGUUUUGUGAAGCACACGGGCUACGGCAAUGCGGCAGGCCUGCUGGCCACCAGAGGUUUGCUGGGCGGUCAGGGGGCCAAGGCCUCCAGCUCGGACAGCCAGUACUCCAGCGACUCUGACUCAGACACCGACGAGUACCGGCAGGUCAAAGAUCGCAUCAACCUGGUGACGGGGCGGGUGGAGGCAGAGCAGCCGGACCCCAUGGAGGGCAUGACAGAGGAGGAGAAGGAGGAGGAGGCUAAGAGGUUGAUCAUGCUCUUCAACAAGCUGUCCAGAGAUAACAUCAUCCAGCCGAUGGGAGUGGAUUCAGAGGGGAAGCUGGUCCCAAUGUCGGGACUGAGGGAAAAUUCCCUCACUGAGGAGAGGGAGUCUGGGUCAGAGAAUGACGGAGACGCAGAGGAAGGAGAGAAGAACUGAAACAUAUAAAAUCCACUCAUUAAAUUAAAUUGAUUGAUUUUGUUUUGUAAAUAUCACAUUUCUAAAGUCUGACUCAUAAAUCGACAUCAAACCAAAGUGAUGUAGUUGUCAAUCAGCCGGUCAUUCAGAAAUGAAUGAACUCAAGAAAGGACAUAAAAAGCUUUUUUUUUAUUUCUUCCUCUUGGAUUUAUUAAUAAUGUAGAGCAGCAACAAUGAAUUGAUAGUAGAACCUGAGAAGGAAUUGAAUGAAAUCAUAAUUUCCUCCAAUAUUUUAAUAAAGUCUUUAAAUAUUAUUGUUUGUACUGAUAUUAUGUGUAUUUCAAUGUAUAGUUUAAUCAUAUAGUGUUGCUUCAGAGUAAAUUCAGAAUUGGCAGAAUCAGAAUGACGCUUUAACAGAACAAGAUGAAAUAAACAUCUGCACAUAUUCACUUUUUUCUGUACAGUCUCUGGUGUGUUACGGUACUAUAACUGUCUCCCAUUGUGCUCAGGUGUGUAUUCUGUACGUUGUACUAAAACUGUCUCGUGAUACAAGAGAACAUUUAAACUGAUUCCAGAUGCAUUUCUUUUUAGCAAAGCUUUU